AGCCAGUUUCUCGGAGUGGGAGCAGUGUCGCCACCGCAAUAUCGUGUAAUAGCAACGCGCGUUCUGCACAAUGGCAAACUUUAAAAUGUUUAUUAACAAAAAUCUCGUGGCGAUAGUGAUGAUUCCCUCGCUGAUUGGCAUGCACUGGGCGUGGGACAACUUGCAGCACAACCGGGCACUCGUUGCGGACCACGAGCGCAAAGAUUUGCCGAUUGUUAUUGCCGCCAAGGCUCUUUGGAACCGUGUAGGGAACCAAUCGGAACCGGCGUCGGAAAAGUGAUAACCCUGGACCGUUGCGUAACGGACCUGGCGUGGUGGAUAGCGUUUAUGAUAUGCAAAAUAUACUGGUAGCAUUUUACGAG